CAUGGAUCAUCAUCUUCCGCAUCAUCAUCCGCAUCAUCAUCACAGUGCACCCCUGCACUGGGGUUACUCCACUGCGACGACGCCAAGUGCCACUUCGACGCCGACGCACGCCGGCCACAACACGUGGACACCGCCAUCGUCGAAAGGCAUCAAGCGGGCGCUGUCGGAAAGUGACUGUGAGGACCUGUACUCGGAAGAAUCUUCUAAAGAGCAUACGUCACCGGGAGAAUCCGAUAGCUGUCAACUGUUGAGCCGCAAAAGGAGGCGCGGUGUGAUCGAGAAGAAGCGUCGUGACCGAAUCAACUCCUCGUUGACCGAACUGAAACGGCUCGUACCAAGCGCCUACGAGAAGCAAGGAUCGGCAAAGUUGGAAAAGGCCGAAAUUCUACAACUAACCGUAGACCACCUGAAAGCACUGCAUGCACGAGGACUCGAUGAUGCCAGCUACGAUCCGCAGCGGUUUGCCAUGGACUACCAUAUCAUCGGCUUUCGGGAGUGUGUGGCCGAAGUAGCUCGUUACCUCGUCACGAUCGAAGGCAUGGAUGUACAGGAUCCGCUCCGACUACGACUAAUGUCCCAUCUGCAGUGUUUCGCGACACAACGGGAACUUUCGUCCAAAGCCAAUGCGGCUGCCGCUACAAGUCCUGCCUGGUCUCAUGGCAGCAGUACGGCCUAUCCUGUUGCUGCCGCCGCAGCUGCAGCAGCUGUCGCAUACCCGAGCACACACCAUGGCACUGGUGGCUAUUAUCCUCACCCGCAUCAAAACUACGGCCCGCCGCAAAGUGCUACCGCACCGUACAUUCCACAGGUUGCCACUAUUCCGCCUCCGCACGAGCAUCUACACCAGCAGCAGCAGCAACAGCAGCAACAACAGCAGCAGCAGCAUCACCAGCAGCAACAGUUGACCGGACAUUCCUCCACCGGUGCUUCGUCGGCAGCUACGGCCGCAAUCUAUUCCACCAGUGCACAAUUGCACGAGCUGUACAGCAGUCAGCACGACUCAGCUACCUCUGGUCAGCAGCAGCAGCAGCAGCAACAAUCGGACCAACAGUCUGCUGCCGGGUCCUCCAAUGGAGCUCCGACCUACACAGAUCUAUCCAACAUCAAUCCGAACCGUGGAUUAUCCGCGUACGGUAAUCCGCAGUACCCGGUGAGUACCUCGACGCACGGAUACAGUGCGACCACGAGCUCAUCGUACAACACGGCAGCAAAGCCGUACCGCCCGUGGGGUGCAGAGAUGGCCUGUUGAAGAGGAAGCUGUACA